AUGGCAUUCUUAGAUUCUCGAGUCCUCCUUCUAAUCGACUGUGCUGCGGCGCUGCUGGCAGCUGCGCUGGGAGAUGACAACGACUCCCGCACCUUCGCGGCAACGCUCCUGGGAGUGAACGAGGUUCCCAAGAACAGCUCCAAGGCAGCGAAAGCCUCUGUGGGCGACCUGCGAGGCGUGGGCUACCUGCGCCUCACAAUCUACAACAGUCCAGCAUGGGUCAAGUUCCAGGUGAGCGUGCGCCGGCUCAAGGGAGAGAUGCCACCCACCAAGACACACGUGCACGCGGGGAAGAAGGGGAAGAACGGCGACGUGCUGCUGGACCUUCCGUGUGUGUACGCGAAGAAAGGGGAUGAAUAUUGGCUAUGCGAGGGCAAGCUGGGCAAGAAAGAGAGCGAGCGCACGGCGGAGCUCAAGGCGGCUCUGAGCAAGAUUGCAAAGCGUCCUUCCAGCUACUAUGGGAAUGUUCACACCAAGCGUUAUUCCGACGGUGCUGUGCGUGGCCAGCUGCGAAAGGUGUAG